CAUCGUGCACUGGGAGCGCUCCUGCGUUUCAUCUGCCCUGAACAUCACUACGGAAACACUCCAGAAUCUCGUUCAUCCAACCGGCAAGAUCGAUGGGGGCGUGGACGGAAAUCCAGCUUGCGCUGCUUUUUUAGGGUAUCCCGGUACCCUGUAUUACCUGUGGGAACAUAAAGAGGAAUAAUCUGACAAAGGGAAGAAAAAAGAGAAGAAAAAAAAAACAAUAACAAAAACUCCCAAAUACUCCACGUGCCCCAAAAAAUCCAGCGUGGGAUGAAUUCCACACAGCACCCCGGAUUUAUCCAGGUUCCCCACGUGAGGAACCACAGCUCAGGAGCCUACCCCUCUGCCAAGGGCUCUGGGGGGGAGAAGGACUCCCCCUCGGGGUGCUACGAGCAGCUGCUGAUCUCCACCGGGGUCUUCCUCACCCUGGGCAUCGUCAGCCUGCUGGAGAACAUCCUGGUGAUCACCGCCAUCGCCAAGAACAAGAACCUGCACUCACCCAUGUACUUCUUCAUCUGCAGCCUGGCGGUGGCCGACAUGCUGGUCAGCGUCUCCAACGCCUCGGAGACCAUCGUCAUGGAGCUGAUCAACCGCGGCCACCUGUCCUUCGGCAACGGCCUGAUCAAGAGCAUGGACAACGUCUUCGACUCCAUGAUCUGCAGCUCGCUGCUGGCGUCCAUCUGCAGCCUGCUGGCCAUCGCCGUCGACCGCUACAUCACCAUCUUCUACGCCCUGCGCUACCACAACAUCGUGACGGCGCGCCGGACGGCGACCGUCAUCUCCUGCAUCUGGGCCUUCUGCACGGCGUCCGGCGUCCUCUUCAUCGUCUACUCGGAGAGCACCACCGUGCUCAUCUGCCUCAUCACCAUGUUCUUCGCCAUGCUGGCGCUGAUGGCCUCGCUCUACGUGCACAUGUUCAUGCUGGCGCGGCUGCACGUGAAGCGCAUCGCCGCCCUGCCGGGGAACGCGCCCAUCCGCCAGCGCGCCAACAUGAAGGGCGCCAUCACCCUCACCAUCCUGCUGGGCGUCUUCGUGGUCUGCUGGGCGCCCUUCUUCCUCCACCUCAUCCUCAUGAUCUCCUGCCCCCGCAACCCCUACUGCAUCUGCUUCAUGUCCCACUUCAACAUGUACCUCAUCCUCAUCAUGUGCAACUCGGUCAUCGACCCGCUCAUCUACGCCUUCCGCAGCCAGGAGAUGAGGAAGACCUUCAAGGAGAUCUUCUGCUGGUACAGCCUGCCGGGGGCCUGCGUCUGCGAGCUGCCCAGCAAGUACUGAGAAGGGAAAAAAAACAAAAAACCCCGCCUUUCCAAAAGGAUAGAAACAGUCUAAUGGGGCCACAUAACAAAUUCAGUUUUUUCGUGGUACAUUGUUUUGAAAAGUGCUGGAACAAGCCUGUAUUUCUGGUACCUCGU